AUGGAGUCUGUUCCCUCAGAAAUAUAUGAUGGAAUGCAGCACAUGUCAGAGCCAGUGUUUGAGUGUAUGUGUGAGAUUGUUGGGACCUCACAACAGCUUGCCAUCAGGAGAGAAGCAAUGGACAUCGGGGAUGUGUUAGACAGACAAGUAAAAUCUAGUAGUGGGGUCAGGGAGAUGAUAAGCGGAAGCUUUAGAGAAGGAUUUAGAUUAAAGCAAUCAGAUGUUGACUAUAUGUACUGGUCAAACAAUCAUCGAGUGAUCUUGGACAUGUCCCAGUCUAAGUAUUACAACACAGACAAUACAACCUUGAUUCUCUCUGACAGUUCUGAGAGUCCACCAGGAUUCACUCUACUUCAGUUACUGACACCAUCAAGAGACGAAGAUAUUCAAUCAGCAUGUACCAAAGUCAAAGACAGAGACUAUAUAUCUAGUUCUGUAUACAGGCAAUUAACUUGUUCUGCAAUUCUUUCUAAUGCGACUGAACAUGGACCCUGUGGUAGUAGUUCUAUGCCAGGUGGACAGGAAUAUGACACUGCCAUCUGUUUUGUUAGUGACUUUUGGCAUCCGUCUGCCUCCUCAUGGAUAAACAGAUGUCACUCAUGGCCUGAUCCUGAAGUUGUUGAUAAUAUUGUCAGAAAUGGAUGUCACUUUGUAGCAAUAGGCCACCCAUUAGGACUCCAUGAAAAGAAUGAAUGGAGAAUCUCAUUUUCGCAGGCAGAAUUUAAAAUUGUGUACUCAAUGAACCAUUGUCAGUUUCUAAUUUAUGGAUUGCUAAAACUAUUUUUAAAAGAAGUUAUCAAUAGGCAGUCAGACAAAAACAAUACCCGGCUGUGCUCUUAUCACAUGAAGACAGCAAUAUUUUGGGCAAUUCAGCAAAACACAUUAUCACAAUGUUGUCCACAAAAUUUCCUGGCCAGUUUCUGGGUCUGCUUUAAACUCCUCCUUAAAUGGGUGUAUGAGGGGGUCUGCCCCAGUUUUUUCAUACCGCAAAACAACCUGUUUAGUACAAAGAUUUGCGGCUCUGCACAACACCAUUUGUUCCGACAGUUACAUAAAUUGUACAAGAAUGGUCUGGCCUGUCUGUUACAGAGUUCCUCUAUCAGGUUCUAUCUCAUGCUUGUCGAUUCCAAUAUUGGAGCUUCUAUCUUUAAAGAUAAAUGUAUAGUCAUAUCUGAAGUUGACUUUGAUUUAGAACUUUUCGAUGAGGCAAAUCGUAUUGGUAACACACUCACACCAGAUCUUCACAGAUGUGCCAAAUAUCUACACAUAGUAGAAAUGUUGAUAGGUUCACGCCUUAGAGGAAAUCAAGUUGUCACUUUACAGAGAUUCACAUCAAUGAUCUUUCAGUUCACUGCUUUUAUAUUGCACAACAAAUUCGUUAGCACGUGUGACAACAAGCAGAUGUAUAUUGCAGACAAAAUAUCCUGUCAUAUGCUAAAACUAGCUGCCAAUUUUGGGUGUGUCUCUGAUAUGUUGUACAUUGCAAUGUAUUAUUACAAGACACUCAGAUACAGGGAAGCUUUAUCUGUUAUAGAGUUGAUAAAGAUCAAAUUAGCACAGCCAUAUCUGAUGUAUAAAGGGCAUGUGGACAGAAAGAGGUAUGCUGAAGCUAUAGGGGGACAGUCGUGGUCUAAAAAGAUGAGAAAUGCUAUGGCAAGGGAUAUCAAACUUGACAAUUCUAUCUGUUAUAUCAGAGAACUAAUACUAGAACAACAGUGUUCCCUGCAAAAUGAAGUGCCUGCAAUAUUUAUUCCUGUGUUUGUAAUGUUACACUUCCUAGAGUUCUUGUGUUACAAAUGCAUUGAUUCAACAUUAUCAAAAGCAGCUCUAAAUAGGUUACAGGACCUUGUCCACAAUGAUCAGGGAGUCUUUGUACCUGAAAUAUUUAAAGACAUUUCCUGGGAGAUCCUGGGGAUCUGUCAACAGAUUGCGGGGAACUCCCAGGCUUCUUUAUACUCAUUGAGUCAGUCACUUAAACAGUAUCCACACCAUGAAAUACAAACUGCUACACAGGGGAGACGAAACUUUAGAAUGUGGUUCAAUAUUGUCAAAUCUUUACUAGUAAAUAAAUGA